UCAUACAAAGGUGCUAGGCCAUUGGGAGCACUUUGUUCCUAUGCAGCUGAUGUCACCGCUGAUGCCAGCAUUUUAAAUUGGUAAAAGUUUGGGGUGGGACACUUGUCACUUAGGCACGGAGAACAUACAGUGUCCAGACUCACUUGUGGGACUUGGACCGACACGGUACGUGUAACUAGGAAAGAGAGAUUGAAGGAGCUUUGAAACAAAGGCGGUCUCCUUCUGUCAGUGAAAUGCCUUUUGGCCACAGACCCACCUUUAACCGAAACAUUUGCACCAAGGUGCUGCUGGCUGAGGGCAGAGAGUCACCCUUCACUGAACACUGCCGCAAUUUUGAGAAGAGCUACAGGACAGAGGUCCAGAGGCUGAAGGACGAGGUUCAGGAGAUGCACAGAGACCUGACAAAACAUCACUCUCUCAUCAACACAGACACUAUGGAUGAGAUCCUGGAAAGGUCUCUACUCAUUGACGAACAGAUUGCAUCUCAGUACUCUGCUGUGAAGAUGUGGGAUGUGACCUUUCAAAGAGUAACCAAUGAGCAAGAGAUCUAUGAAGCACAGCUCCAUGACCUUCUGCAGCUGAAGCAAGAAAACUCUUACUUGACAACCAUUGCACGACAAAUUGGACCCUACAUCUUAUCCAUAGCCAAAGUAAAAGAGCGUCUGGAACCCAGGUUUCAAAAGCCUGAGAAUUACUGCAUGGACACUGUAGUGAAGAUAUGUGAGGACAGUGCAAUGACUACAGAACAAAACGGCUGCAAUGAGAAGAGUUGCUUAGCAGGCUAUGAUCGAGACUCUGACACAGACAACUCUCUCAUUCUGCCGCCUAGUGAGAUGCUACUAAAGAGCAGUGACUUCUGCUGGCAAAGAAAGCAGAUAAAUAUUUGAAAGGCCUCUUGCGGCCAAGAGCUGCCUGUAUAGAGCUUGUCUGGAUGAUAGUGAACACCGACUGCAAAUGUGGCAUGUGCUUUCAAGCAUGUGCUGGAUGUCAACACAUGAACAUGGGAUAAUUAAGAAGGACAUGAAUGGAAUAUUAAUAGCGUUUUACGUGUGUCAAAUCAAAUGGAACCUAGAUAUAAACCAGCUGGAUAGGAUGGCACAUAAAAGACUGGUGAAUUGUGAUUUGUAUUUAUUUAUUUAUUUUUUGGGGUCCUGUGCAUGUAGCAGAGUUGUUAUCAUUUACUAAAUAGUAAACUAUAAUCAAAACUUAUUAAUUGUUGUCAGUAAUUCAAAUAAAGAUGAAAUAGAAUAUAAAUAUUAGAUAAAAAUGUAAGGGAAAAAAAUUAAACAAACUCAAAACGUACAAGAAAAUGUGUAAUAUAUAAAUAAAUAACCUGAAUACAUAAGACAGGGUACUUACUGAAGCUAAAACAGAAAAUAAAAAUAAAUUAAUUCUAAAUAUAAAUAUUAAAAUUUGUUUCAGUGAAGAAUUCUUAAAAAAAUCAAUUAAUCGCUAUAUGUGAUAAAGCCAUAUGUUUUUUUUUAUUAGUUCUUUUAUGUGUGCUGUCAAAUAAAUACUGGUUGUAGGUGCUGAACAGCCUUUCUGAGCAAAAGCUGAUUUAAAAAAAAUCGAUUUAAAAGGAUUUGUUUAUGCCUCAUACCAACUGGAUGCUCAUAAAAAUAUUUAUACAUUCAGAGGAAUAUUAGAGAAUUAUUGGAAAAUUAUCACCAAUAUUACCAAUAUUUACCAAUUAGAUUAUACAUUUAAAAAAGAGGGUGUUUUUUUUUUUUUGUGCACUAAAGCCAUUACGUUUCU